AUGCCGCGCUUUAUAGCUCAUUGGCUCAAGAGUAUCAAGCCAAUCGACUACAAGACAUUCGAAACAUCGGAAUCAUCGCUCACGUCGAUGCGGUUCGUGGCCUCUCGGGCACAUCACUCUCUGUCAAUUAACAGCUUUCCACAGGGCAAAACCACAACGACUGAGCGCAUGCUAUUCUAUAGCGGCGUCACGUCCCGCGUGGGAGAUGUCGAUGCCGGAAAUACAGUCACCGACUUUCUUGAACUCGAGCGCGAGCGCGGAAUCACCAUUCAAUCGGCCGCCAUCACGUUUCAUUGGCCACGCAAGGAAAACUGCCCGCAAGGCACCAGCCCCAAAACCGUCAACCUCAUCGACACGCCCGGCCAUCAAGACUUUCGAUUCGAGGUCGACCGUUGCCUGCCGGUUCUCGACGGGGCUGUCUGCAUCAUUGACUCGGUCAAGGGCGUCGAGGCGCACACGGAGCGCGUAUGGGCCUCGGCUCACGAGUUCCGUAUCCCGCGCAUAGUCUACUGCAACAAGCUGGAUCGCGAGGGCGCCUCAUUCCGCAAGUCUGUAUUGGAAAUCGGCAGCCGUCUCAAGGGAUGGCCGCUCGUGUGCCAAAUUCCAUGGUGGGAAAAGAAUGAGUUUGUCGGCGUCAUCGACAUUAUCGAUUUCGUCGGUUACCGACAUAAUGAUAAAAAGACACUCAAAUAUGAGAAAGAGGAGCUGAUGGAAAAACUUGCAUCCUCCAACGCCGAUCUCGUUAAAGAGGUUCGUGCUGCCCGUCAGCACCUUGUCGAGGGCUUGGCCGAAUUCGAUGACGCUAUAAUGGAAGGGUUUCUUGCCGACGAAACAGAUAUUCCUUCCUCGACUAUCAAGCGAGCCAUUCGCCGAGCUAUUCAGAGCGGUGACGGACGUGCCAUACCAGUCUUUGCUGGCUCAAGCUUUCGCCAUAUUGGAGUUGAGCCUCUCAUGGAUGCAAUUGCGAGUUAUCUACCGAGUCCAUCUGAUAGACCGGACGUCAGUGUUCGCAUCAGUGGAGCCAACCACUUACUGGGCAGCGCCCUUCAUAGCGGCUCAAAGCAAGCCGGCGCGAAGCAAAUUGCAUCAAUCGCGUCUGUGUUUAAGGUAUUUGAGCACCCGAGGGAGGGCAUCAUCAGCUUCGUGCGAGUCUACCACGGUACCUUGACACGAACUGCGGCUACAUUCAACACCCACAUGGCAAUCAACGAGAGCCCCAUGGGUAUUCUUCAAAUAUCAGCCGACAAGACACAUGAAGUGCAGGAGCUGUCAGUCGGCCAGAUUGGUGCUCUUCGAGGGCUAAAAAAGGCCCGAACUGGAGAUACGUUGAUUACAACGACAAACAGCAAAGCCCCCCAUGCAGCUCUGCGCACCCUGCAAAUUCGACCGCCAGAAAUCCCCCCACCAGUCGCCUUUCUACAGGUUGAACCGUACGGUAAAGUGGCUGCUCAGCAGUUAGAGGUGGCGCUGGAGAAUGCAUCGCGGCAAGACCCAAGUCUGCGAUGGAGCCGAGACCCCAAGACGGAGCAGUUUACCGUGCAGGGCAUGGGCAAGCUUCAUCUUGACGUUUCGCUGCACAACAUGAGGCAAAAGCACAAGAUAGAUGCUCAAUUUGGUCCGAUAGAAGUCGACUACAAGGAAUGCCUCACAGUGGCCACACAGCCGCAUAGAGCUGUGUUUGACAGGCCGGUCGCGAGCAAGGCUGGCAAAGUGACCUGCACCGUGACUCUCGAGCCACUCGAAGCCCACCAUCGGGAAACGUUGCAGGAGUCUUGCAUCGAACGAGACGGCAACAUGUUUAAUAUUGUAGUACCGAACGAAAAUGUUGUCAAGUAUGACAUUGAUGAGGCACACCAGCAGCUCCUCAACGGUGCCAUUGCCGGUCUCGCUCGUGGACCGCGCCGUGCCGCGCCGCUGCAUGGGUGCUUGGUGAAGGUCGAGCUUGACACGAGCGAGGGGGCAUGCGAAACGCCUACCGGCGGCCACUUCAGCUCCGCGGCCCGCACAGCAGUGCAGAGCAGCCUGCGCGACUCAUUUGACAAGAGCCAAAUCGGCAUUGUCGAGCCCAUCAUGCUGGCACACAUUACGUGCCCUGAGCAGGCCGCGGGAACGGUCCAGCACGACAUUUCCUCGGGCGCCGGCGGGCAGGUACUCGAGGUGAAUGAUAGGUCGGCCGAGUCGAGCGGCGGCGAGGACUUGAUUGACGUGAGCAAGAUUUACGCGCCGCCGGACCCGUAUGACUCGGUGACGUCGCUGCGCGGCAAGCGGUCAGCGGCGCGCAUGGUGGAGAUUGUGGCCAAGGUGCCGUACAAGGAGAUGCUGGAUUAUGAUGAUCAUUUGCGGAGCAAGACGUCGGGUCGGCACUCGAUGACCAUGGCCUUUGACUCGUUUGCGCGCGUGGUUGGACAUCGCGAAAAGGGCUUGUAA